AUGGUCAUCAAGCGUGACAGUCAAAACUACAUCAGUCUGGACAACCUUCGAACCCACUCAAGCACGUGGAGCAGCGACGUCCAUAGUCCAGAAGAACCGACGAAGCCCGAGAACGUCGAGCCAGCGCAGGAUGAGAAGCUCUCAAGCAAUCGGCCAUGGUGGGCAACCAUUGUCAUACAGAUCUUUGCUCUGGCGUGGAUAGCCCCCAUGCUCACAUUGCUGGUUUUGAACCUCAAAGGAUAUGUCAUCGGCCCUACAGCAUGGUGUCCCUCGAGACACUGCUACGCGGAGACCUUCGCUUUCAACACCUUGGCCCACCAAGAGAAGCUGAGGAAGUUCAACCACAACGACCACAAUUUGCUGGGAGGCAAGUAA